ACAGCCCCCGGGGCCCCCGCCAGGCGCCAUGGACUGGAAGACACUCCAGGGCUUGCUGAGUGGCGUGAACAAGUACUCCACGGCCUUCGGGCGCAUCUGGCUGUCGGUGGUGUUCGUGUUCCGGGUGCUGGUGUACGUGGUGGCCGCGGAGCGCGUGUGGGGUGACGAGCAGAAGGACUUCGACUGCAACACCAAGCAGCCGGGCUGCACCAACGUGUGCUACGACAACUUCUUCCCCAUCUCCACCGUCCGCCUCUGGGCCCUGCAGCUCAUCUUCGUCACGUGCCCCUCGCUGCUGGUCAUCCUGCACGUGGCCUACCGCGAGGAGCGCGAGCGGCGGCACCGGCUGAAAUACGGGGACCAGUGCGCCAAGCUGUACGACAACGCGGGCAAGAAGCACGGCGGCCUGUGGUGGACCUACCUGCUCAGCCUGGUCUUCAAGCUCAUCGUCGAGUUCCUCUUCCUCUACAUCCUGCACACGCUGUGGCACGGCUUCGCCAUGCCGCGCCUGGUGCAGUGCGCCAGCGUGCAGCCCUGCCCCAACACCGUGGACUGCUACAUCGCGCGGCCCACCGAGAAGAUGAUCUUCACCUACUUCAUGGUGGGGGCCUCGGCCGUCUGCAUUGUGCUCACCAUCUGCGAGCUCUGCUACCUCAUCUUCCACAGGGUCCUGCGCGGCCUGCACAAGGACAAGCCCCAGCGGGACCGCCAUUCCCUGCCCUCCAGCAGCUGCUGCCACCACAAACUGGCGGAGGUGGAAGGGCUGGUUGCGGACCCAGGCAAUGACAAGCUGCAGGCUUCGGCGCCCAAGCUGUCCCCCAUCUGACCACAAGCCAGCAGGUGGGAGGGAGGGGGCUGCCAAUGGGAUGGGGGAGGCGUUGCAGGGUGGAGGGUCCUACCACUGCCAGGUGCCCACUUGGAGUCCGUGAAACUGUCCAGUUUGGAUCAGGUAUGCUUCCGCGGUGGGCACAUGCCCAUCCUGGUAGAGGGAACACCACAGACCCAGUGCCGGCCCUCGGAGGAGGCAGAGGCUUAAUCGAGCAAAUGAACUAUAUGCAGGCAAGAAGAUGCUUAGGGGGCUCAGAGGGGGGCUCUACCCACCCUGGGAGGAGCGAGCUGUAAGAGGCAGACGUGCUCCCAGCAGGGAGAACAGCAGGUGCAGAGGCCUGGGGGACCCGAAAGGGAGCUUGCCCUGGGCUGGACGCAGCAGACCACAGGAGUCUCACCCUCAGAGGAGAAGAGCCUUGCCCCAGAAGCAGGAGGGCUGGAGGCAUGAGAGUGACACUUCGGUGACACCAACCCCUCUAGGAGACAUCCGGGCGUCCUCUGGGUCACCACUUCUCUCUCCCCCGUCUCCCCAGUACACUUGCUCCCACAGACAUGCUCUGACUGGUGCCAGCCCUUCCUGCCAGGGAGUUGGGGUGAAGGUGCUGCCCGGAACACUCCCAGGGCAUUUGCUCUGAAAUAAU